GUGUCGAAUCAUAAAAGGCGUGUGUGUAACUAGCGUGAGCGACAACCUGAGACGUGGAGCUGAAGCUGCACCAGUGAGUUGUUGACGUCCCAUCAACACAUCAAAUCCCUCCAUGUUGAAGUUCCCACCAGAGCUGAAUGUCCAUCGGAGCAGCGUCGUCCACCUCCUCUACGUGGUGGGAGGACUCCUGAUGACGGUCUCUGCCGGGAGUCAGUGUGUGGACGUGGCUGUGAGGACGGCACAGGACCCGGCUAAGCUGCUGCGCCUGUCGAACGCCCUCAUCAGGCUCAUGGGCCUCAGAGACCAGAAACCAGUUAAAAAAUCCCUGGCAAAACGGAAACUGAAAAAAAGGCUGUACUUCACUGAAAGUCUCAACAGUCUCCUCGAUGUGAUCAGCGCGGCGCAGCACAGAUCCCAGGAGUCUCCUGGUUCCCCUGAGAAACAGACGCACCUGGAGUCGACAUGCUCUAACUGCAUCUCCGUGAGAAGAAGCCGGAUUAGUUACAUCCUCUUUCGGGGGGUGGGAAGCUGGUGCGUGCUGACGCUGUGCACAGGAGGCGACUGCAGCGAGCUGAGAACCUACAACCCUUCAGAUCAGCUGCAGUGGCUGGUGGACUUCAGCAGGACGGCUCAGGGACGAGGACACGGGAUCACACUUCUCGUUGGAGGACAUGCUGCUCCAAUCGGCGCCGAACCUCCGAGAAGCGAUGAUUCAAAGGAGCGAGAACCUUCUCGUCUGAGCCUGGUGUCGUCUGCACUGUGUGUGGUUCUGCUGUGGAUGAUCCUGCCUCACAUGGCACUUUGUGUUAUCGUCUUGUGCAGCUGCACUGGUGCAGCGACACAUGCAAAGAGCUGUGCUGUCAUAGAUAAGCUAAAGAAAUAAACAUUUGAAAGUACAUGUUUUUCCUUGUCCAUUUAAAU